AUGACACCUGAUCAGUUUGAUUGGCUUUUGGAAAAAACAAAGCCUUAUCUGUUGAAACGUAGCAGGAGACGUUCAUUUCCAUCAGAAUUGAGACUGGCUGUCACUCUGGGAUACCUUGCUCACGCUGACAGUGUGUGGUCGAAGAAGUGGUCUUUUCGUAUUGGUCGCUCAACAGUGUAUAAGAUUAUCCCUGAGACAUGUAAUGCAAUUAUAAAAGCUUUACAGCCAAUAUAUUUACCACCCAUGACAAGAAAGGAUUGGCGUAAUGUAGCUGAUGGAUUUUAUGAGAAGUGGAAUUUCCCUAAUUGUAUAGGAGCGCUUGAUGGGAAACAUGUGAGAAUUCAGGCUCCAAAAAACUCAGGCUCUCUGUUCUUCAACUACAAGAAAUUUUUCUCAAUUGUUCUUAUGGCAAUCUGUGAUGCCGAUUAUAUUUUUAAAUGGGUGGACAUUGGUGACUAUGGUUCAAUAUCUGACGGUGGAGUAUGGUUGAACAGUGACUUCGGUUCCAGCUUGGAGCAAGGCUUAAUUGAUUUGCCACAUCCAGAGCCAUUGUUAGGGACAAAUACUCCUUUUCCAUUUGCCUUUGUAGGCGAUGAAGCGUUUCCACUCAAAACUUAUUUGAUGCGGUCCUAUGCGAAGCCAAAGAGACUUCGACAUCAGCAACAAGCUCCUGCAGCACAAGCACAAACAAUCUUUGAAGCCAAUAUUUCUAGACAUCUUUGGAGCGUAUGGCCAGCCGCCAGACACCAGAAACAUUGCAGCGGUCUGGGAUCAACUGGCUCCACUCUUACUGUUGUUCAUCUUAUAUUAAUCUUACCGGCCUCCAAAAUACCUACCGCAGCUGAGAUUGAGCACUGUACGUAUGCUGCACCCAAGCCUCCACGGACAAAUCUUAUUGGGCUGCAGGAGACAUUGUCCAACGAACAUCCGCCUAUAUCCGCAAGGAUUUUGCAGAUUUCCGAGGUUGUUACGGAAUCGUCCAACCCCGUCAAUCUCAACUGCGAUCUUUUGAUCGACUAA